AUGGCAAAGGAUGAGGAGGAGGCUUUCCGGCAGUACAUGGACAAAAUUGGCGAGAACCGUGAUGGCACGAGCGCAGGCUUCAACCGCAAGGCAUUUCCCUGGUUCACCCCCAAAGAACCAGCAAAAGUGCCAACCGUCUCGGCUGAGGUUCUCGAAGCAGCAAUGGAAUUCAAGCCAAAGCCGCGGACUUCGACUGCAAAGCUUUGGGAGGUGGACUCGGAGGCAAGCUCAAGGGCAGGUCAGACGGAGGGCGAGGAGGUGCCUCUGUGCCCGCGCUGCUCGCUGCCGGUGGGCGAGUUCGCUUACCAGGGCCGUGAGGGCAAGCAAUCGUGCGUGCACACGGAGUGCAUGGCCCAGGUCAUGUCUCAGGAGGCGCAGCGCGAGGAGGACGCACGGGUGAAGCGAGAGAAUGUGAAGAAGGAGAAGAACCGCCGCGAGUAUGACAUCGGAUGGCGCAUGGACAGCGUGCCGAAGAGUGCCCAGUGGGCCGAGCGGAUGGGCUGCAGACCCGCACCGCAGGGGCUCUGCUGCCUCGUGCUUGAUGAAGCCUCCCGCACGGUCAAGGUCGCAGCCACUGCGGAGCCGUCUGCUGCAGUGAACUUGGAGUACCUGCUUCUGGCACUCAAGGUCCGCAAGACCGCAUCCCGCGAGCCCCUCUUCUCCUUGGACCCAGUGGACCCGCAGAAUUUGGAGAAAACUCCACAGAAGAAGGUUUACGAGCCGAGCUGGCUUGCAGGAACCAGCGUGGGUGAUGUCAUGUUCCAAGCCGAUUACUUCCUCAAGGAGCUUGCGCUCGGAGAGUACGACAUGCCGGCGGCAGCCUCAGUGCAUCCGGUGGUUGGCAUGCUGAGCGUCUUUGACUGGUCCGAGAUGAAGGACAAGGACAAGAGUUGGGCAGGACGUGAGUGGUACGUGGUCAAGAAAGCGGAGAUCCGCAUGGCCGAGGACAACACACUGAUCCCGCACGUGAAGAUGGGAGUCGAGGCUCGGGAGCAGGUGGUGACGAAGAAGGGCCUGGAAGAUGCCGCAGUGACACUGCCGCACCAUCCCCUGAAGAAGUUCGCGGAUGCCUUCACACGCAACUUCGACUUGAUCGCCGAGCGCAAGAGCGUGGUCUUCCACCUCCGAGAGCUUGCGAAGGCUUCGGCCAUGGCCAAAUACCUCAUCGACUCCAAGGCGCGUCUGGACCCAACAUGGUAUGCCCUGGCUGACGAGAUCGUGAAGUCUACCGAGAAGGAGGCUUACCCUCAGAUCCCGCAGCUCUGGAACAUGCGUGGCAACUCCCGCAUCAAGCUCAAGGAGGGCCGGCUUGUGGACAUGGUGACAGGUGGCCAGAGCAAUCUGCAGGCCAUCUAUGGCGGUGUUGAGUUUGGCCUCGACCGCUUCGAGCUCGCCCAGCGUCACGCGCUCCAGGGCCAAAAGCCGAGCGUGCCGGGAGUGCAGCUGGCGCAGUCAGGCCGACCCAUGUUCAUGCCACAGCGAUUCCAGCUGGGGCAGCGGCCGGAGAUGCCACAGGGUGUCGACCUGAACUUGGACAAGUUCUCCUUGUCGACGGAGGAGCGCUUUAAUGGCCGUCUUCCGCCCUGCAGUGGGGGUGUGGGCUCACUGGAGGCAAAGACUGUGCUGGGCCGGGCUUUCCUGCAAGCUUUGCAGCAGAAGUCCUUUGCCGUAAAGCCAGAAGAUCAGAGCCUCCUGCUGAACAUCUUCAAAGUACCCCAGUGCGAUCGUGUCGAGGAGGGCGAUGCUUUCAUUCCACCGGAUCCCAAUCUCGAGUACCUCACCAAGGUCCGCAGCCUCGUCGGGGAGGAGAAGACUCUGCGCGAGCGGCGUAAGCAGCGCUUCAGCGACAAGUCCUUCGCAGUGGCCAAUCCGGGCUUGGACUUCCCACGCUCCUGGACUCCACGCUUCCAGGUCGAGUUGGAGGGCCGCGCGCAGACGGCACCUACGAAGUUUGGCCUAAAGAAGCUGGAGGUGGAUGAGGCAUUCAAGCGCGGGCUGCUGGAGAACGUCCUGCCGGCUGGCGCCCCUGAGUUUAACCAGGUCACAGAGGACGGCAUCGUCUUCCGCAUCUACAAGAUCGGGAGCUUGGAGGACGUUCUACGUGACAGGCUCGUGAAGUGCAAGGUCUAUGUCGAGGCCAUGGAGCAGGAAUCGCAGCUCCACCUCGCCAAGGAUGCACGAAUGGGAUGCAACUUCUACAUCGUCCUGGAGACAGAAAAGAAGAACCGUAUCGUAACGGAGGCUCUCGGUGCCGGUGCCCUAUCUUGGGUGCAGAAUCCACACAACUUGGAGGAUCGAAACUCGCUGGCCAAGCUGCUCUUCACCGUGGACUGCAAGGACGAGGUCUACGCGCGCGACGUGAAGCAGUUCCAGCGCACCCUGAUCCUGCCUCCGAGU